GGAUGAUAGACCUCCUCCGUUGGUUAUGGAAAGCAGCAGUAGGGCCUGUUUUUGACCACCUCGAAGGCAGCGGCGCCACCAUCAGCGAUGGUGCUCAUGAAAACAAUUUGAAGCGGAUUUGGUGGAUUGGGGUUGGUCGAUUAAGUAUGGCACCUUUCCAUGCGGCCGGGGACCAUUCCCCAGGGUCGACCCAUAACACUAUAAGUCGAGCCAUCUCAACAUAUAUCCCAACAAUCAAAGCCCUUUCCUAUGCACGCCAAAAACAACUUCAGCUUUUUGAGGAAUAUGAUGCUUCGUUUUCAGCCGAGAGAUCUAAGAAGGCUAAAAUUCUCAAACAACGGAAUCCCCGCCUACUUCUUGUUCCCAUGCCGCAAACACCAGGCGCCCCGGAGCUACCCGGAGUCAGUGAAGAAGUUCUAUACAUACUUGAUUCCUCUACCCAAAGUUUAAUCGAACCCACCCUGUUGAGCGGUCCAACCCCGGCCGAAGUCCUCAAGAAAAUUAACCUCUACGAAAUUGUCCACUUCGCCUGCCAUGGAGUGUCUUGUCUCAACCCCUCAAACAGCCAUCUGGUUCUGUUGAGCCAGGAUGGCAUCAGUGCUGAUAGGCUCAUGGCUCGAGAUAUAUCUAAUUUGAUUACACAAAAUGCACAGAUUGCGUACCUUUCCGCCUGCUCCUCAGCUAGAAAUCCCUACGCCCAGUUAGCGGACGAAGUCAUACACCUAGCCAGUGCAUUCCAGCUAGCGGGGUUCAGCCACACAUUCGCAAACAUGUGGGAAACAGGCGACCAGGCCUCAAGUGAAGUUGCGAGAGACUUCUACAACCUGCUUUUACAAGAUAGAGGAAACGGCGAAGACGACCACCAGCGCGUCUCAACCGCGUUCUACAACGCUGUGAAGAAAGUUCGAGAUUCUAAGUGGCGCGACCCUUUGCUAUGGGCCCCCUUUAUACAUACAGGUGCU